UCCCGUUGAAGAUGGCUGGUCUAAUGAAUUUGCAGACGUUAUUUACUAAACUCAGCUUAUCUUGUGGGCCGAAGUCUCCCGGAGGUCUUGUAACUUGUGUUCGAAAUGCCAGCAAAAAGUCAGGUGGAAGUAGUAAAAACAGAGUUGGAAGACCAAGAGGAAAGCAUCGUGGUAUUAAGAAGAAAGACUUGACCGAAGUUACUCGCGGUACCAUCCUGGUGCGACAGCUUGGACUAGAUUUCCAUCCUGGAUUGAAUGUGGGCAUUGGGAAUGACAGAAGUUUGUUUGCAAAAGAACCUGGAACUGUCAUCAUGACAACAGAAAAGUUAAAUCCUAACUGGAAUCAUAAGGAAAUCAAGAGAUUUUACGCUGAAUAUCAAGAUGGCAGUAUUCCAAUUUACAAAAACUUAUUUCCAUAUCUUGCCAAAGCCUCAGCAUAAAAAAUUUCAAGCUUGUUGACCAAAUUUAAUAAUAAGAUUGCAAGUUAGCCAAUGUUCAUCUGUGUAUAUUACAGUAAUUUAAUAAAGUGUCAUAGUUAAUAUGUUUUCUUUUGUCCAUUAUCUUGGUGCUUAGUGUGUUGGUUUAUUGUAUUUGCUUUACUAAUGUGCAGCACC